AUGCUCACGUGGCUGGUUCCAACCCCCUCCGGGCUCUGGCCGGGCCUGGGAGUCAGCACCACAUGUGGCAUCACAUCCUCUCUGUCCUUCGCACCUCCAGGUUUCAAGCGAUGGCUGUCCUCCUCCUCCGCCCCGGCUCCUCGUGUCUGCGUGGUGGGCAGCGGGCCCGCGGGCUUUUACACGGCUCAGCACAUCCUCAAGCACCACGGCGGGGCCCGAGUGGACAUCUAUGAGAAGCUGCCUGUUCCCUUCGGGCUCGUCCGUUUUGGGGUGGCCCCAGACCACCCCGAAGUGAAGAACGUGAUCAAUGCCUUCACGCAGACGGCGCGGUCGGCACGCUGCGCCUACUACGGAAAUGUCACCGUGGGGAGGGACGUCAUGGUGGCAGAGCUGCAGCAGGCUUACCACGCCGUGGUGCUGAGUUAUGGCGCUGAAGAUAACCGGGUCCUGGGGAUCCCAGGGGAGAACCUCUCCGGCGUUUAUUCGGCCCGAGCAUUUGUGGGCUGGUACAACGGGCUGCCGGAGAACCGGGAUCUGAAGCCUGACCUGAGCUGUGAGACGGCGCUGAUUCUGGGUCAUGGCAAUGUGGCAUUGGAUAUUGCCCGGAUCCUCCUGUCCCCACUGGAUCUCCUCAGGAAGACAGACAUCACUGACGGCUCCCUGGCAGCUCUUGCUUGCAGCAAGGUGAAGCGCGUCUGGCUGGUUGGGAGGAGGGGACCUCUCCAAGUUGCUUUCACAAUCAAGGAGCUGCGGGAGAUGAUAAACCUUCCUGGUGCCAGGCCUGUCCUGAACCCUGCUGACUUCACAGGCCUCGAAAAUGCUGUUAAAGAUGCCCCCAGGCCCAGGAAGCGACUGACUGAGCUGAUGAUCAAAACGGCCCUGGAGAAGCCUGGGGAGAAGACGAUGGAGGCGCAGACAGCGGCAGCGCAGGCAGCAGCCGCCCGGGAAUGGGGGCUGAAGUUCCAGCGCAGCCCCCAGGAGGUGCUGCCCACCCCUGACGGGAGACGGGCGAGGGGCGUCCGCAUGGCCCUGACCCGCCUGGAGGUACGGGGUUAUGUGGGGGGGGCUGGUAUGGCACUAGCAGGGCUNNNNUACCGGAGCCUGCCCCUGGACCCGGCGGUACCCUUCGAUACCCAGCGCGGCAUUAUCCCCAACAGCUAGGGCAGAGUGGACGGUGUCCCAGGUCUGUACUGCAGCGGGUGGGUGAAGAGAGGACCCACGGGCGUGAUCAUCACCACCAUGAACGACAGCUUUGACACUGCCCAGUCUGUGCUGGAGGAUCUCCAGGUGGGCAUGCUGGACGUGUCCACCUCCAGAGAAGGCUUUGGGGCUGUGGAGAGCAUCCUGCGCAGCCGAGGGAUCCGUCCUGUUUCCUUCUCGGACUGGGAAAAGAUAGAUGCUGCUGAAGUGGCAAGAGGCAAAGCUGCUGGUAAACCUCGUGAGAAGAUAGUGGAUCCUCAGGAGAUGCUGCAGCUGAUCGGUCACUAA